AUGAACGCCCAUCAGCACCCUCCAACCCUGUCAUAUCCUUAUCCACCUGGCGUUUCGCUGGGCCCAGCAGACGGUCAGAUUUCACCUCGCCUGGCUGUCAACCUAGGCUCCAAUAACCCUUUCAGAAACCGCGCCUUGUCUCCUGCCGGUUCUGCUACAUCUGGAUCCCGACCGCCGCGACCGACCUCUACGAAUCCUUUCCUCGACGAUACCGAUAGUCUCUCUUCUCCACGGUCGGCUCCAGUGGGAACUCUGUUCUCACCUGUGGAACAGCAGGAUAUGACCUCCAACACACGGGAGCUUUUCGAGAACCUCAGUCUCAACUCUCAGCCCCAGAGCAACGGUCACCGACCAGCUCCACCCCCUCCCGCCAACGGCUUCUCAACAGCACCGUCAAACUCCCGUACACCUGGCCCGCCGAGGGAGCGCUCAGACCGUGGAACAAAGGAUCCUUUCGACAUAUUCGCCGAUCCGCCCAAUUUGACAAAGACGACGAGUCGCACGGGUCAGAGGCGGGAUAGGGAACGUGAAAGACGGCCCCGCCGCAACUCAGAGUCCUCUAUCAUGGACCGACCGAAGCCUAUGGAUUCUGAUGAAGAGAAGCGUCGACGAGAGAGACGGCGACGUGAGCGGGAAGCUCGUCAUCGCGAUGGAAAACCUCGGUCUAAGAGGACCAACUACCAGCUGGAUAUUAUCGAUAAACUGGAUGUGACCAGUAUUUACGGCACGGGGAUGUUCCAUCACGAUGGACCUUUCGAUGCCUGCAACCCUCACCGCAACCGCAAAGGAUCGCGCACCGCUCCCAUGCAGGCCUUCCCCAAGGACUCUCCCAACAUGGCCCUGGGAGGUUCUGGACCCGUCAACAAGAAUAUUAACCUUGACCAAUUUCACGGUACGAUGGAGGAAGGGUUCAAUGAUUACGGCUCGACAAGUGCUGCAAGAAGCGGGGAGGCCGUCAGCUUCGACCCGAAAUCACGCAUUGAACCUAUUCAUGGAGCAGAAAGUAUGGGCCUUGGUACGAGCACUUUCCUUGAGGGAGCGCCAGCAAGUCGUGCUGCGAUGCAGCGCCGCGCGAGCGAGAAUGAGAACCAGUUCUCCCAGAAUGGAGGCCUUCAGCGGAAGAAGAGUCUUGCUCAAAGACUACGAGGCAUCAAUAAGCCGCAAGGUGGACGGAUGGCCUCCCCAGACGCCUCCUAUAAUCCUCCACUCAGCUCCAGCCACUCUGGGUCGCUUCGUGCGAACGAGAAGAACCCAUUCUUCCAAGAUUAUGAUGACGCUUGGGAUAAGAAAGGCGCUCGGAUCAACACCGCUGAGGAAUCGCGCUCAGGCAUUGAAGGCGGCCGUGCACGGUCUUCCAGCAGCCCCAAACAGAGCACUAACCUCGAAAGAAGGUUCACUAAUGAACGCUCGAAUACUGGGGUUGAAGAUGGGAAGAGCGGAGGCGGCGGCGGCUUCAUCAACAGAAUGAAGAGUUUGCGGAAGCCCCGGCCCGAGCGGCGGGUCAGCAAUGAUUGA